UGGGCUCAUCUGGUUUAGGACGAUGAUAUAUAUUGCUCUCAGGAUAUUGGAUUAGGCGGACUUGGCUUUCCACGGUCAAGUUGCUUUCUUAACGGGCGUAAAUUCAAGUGUUCACACAGUUGUAAAGCUGAUGUUUUUUUUACUAUGAAGUGACCGAUGUAACUCUCACCAAAAUCCUGAAAAGAACGUCUCACUUUAAACUACAUCUUCGGAGCCUUGAGGGAUCCUGGAAGAUCGUUCUCCACCAUUGCACUCUCAAGAUGGCAACAACUGAAAAUAAACAGUUAUCGUAUGGCUGGCUUAGAUUUCGUCCGUCAUGGCUUCAGUUUCUCAACACUCCAAAAUGGUUUCUGUUUUUCUUGAGUCAGUAUUUUUUUACUCAGAGUAUCAUCAUUAAUGGCGUCUAUCCGGGCUCGAUCAGCACAAUUCAGAGGCAGUUUGGCUACUCCAGGUCAGUUCGAUUAAUUGUAUCUUAGAAAGAAAAGAAACGAAACGAUACGAAAUGAAAAUCUCUAAUUUGCCAAAUAGAAAUAUGCUAAUGGUUUGCAAAAUAGAAAUUUCUAGAAAUUACAGAAAAAAUUACAGACAAAUUAUUAUUUUCUAAUAACACUUUUCAUGUGCAUUUCUGGUCUGGUAAGUGUCUUGUCACGCAUUCGAAUUAUUCAUCGACAACGUACAUAGAUUACACCUUAUAGACAGUACAGUUACAGCGUCAACUAAAAUUUCGAAUUACUUUUGCGCUCUAUGGCCUAAACGACGCAUUGAGUUAUUCACGAAUGUAGUGGAGAUUUUGCAAAGUUCACCACGCAGCGUCACAAUUCACCUCGACAUCAAUUCACCUUUUGGGCUUUAGGUUUCACGUGUAGUGUCACGCGACUUUUAAUGUAAACAAAACUUCGAAAGUUCGGACACUGAGUCGAGCUCGCAGCACAUGUGUCCAAAUUUCGGCUUUGGAAAUUUUUCUUAAAUAACUGCCCACUUUCAAGAAACGUUUCUUCACUCAAAAUUGGCAUCUUUCUUUUAUUAUUUAUUUGAUCGUGUGUCAAGCAAGUUGUCAUUCUGCUGCCGUUGAAGCAGAUGCGAAGAAUGUUACAGGAAGCGGUGCGGCAUGGAAAAAUCGAACUAGUUCUGCGUACAGUGAUGUAUCUGAUCAGAUAUUUUCGGGGUGUUGAGUGCGUAGAUUGUUAAAUAAAAUCACUUCUGUUAGGAAAUUAGUGCCCACGAAUCGCUGUAGGACGUAAGGAAGCCUGAAUUCCCACACGCAAUUACGUAUUUAACGUUAAGUAACGCAGGUGGGAAAUUCUGCGAGACUCAUAACAACCUCAAAAAGAGUUAAAUUUAAGAAUGGCAGAUCACAAAAAUAAAGCUGAUUUCAACGCAAUGAGUGUGACCUUAAAAAAUAUCUACAAGAACGGGGGAUUUCAGCGAGCGGAAACUUGAAAACCUCGUUAGUGGAAAUCACUUCCGCAGUCGAAAAAUUGGUUCUGCCAGUGGAUCCAAAUUUCGAAAAGGCGACACCACUGCUUUCGACGAAUACGUAGACACACGAUUAAAGUAUUACUAACUUUCUGUAAUUUGUGACGCCCGAUCUUGGCUUGAUUCAAGCAUUCGUCACUUAUGAUCUCUGACGUCCGUUUCAACAAUAGUCAAAUGGAUAGAAUUCACUAACCUUUCGUUUUCUGCCUGUGCUGUCACAAAUGACAUAUGAUGGGACAGGUUCGUGAUCUUUUCGUGAUCGUUUGUUUUGAAACAAGAGAGAUUUGGCCAAAAUUGGUAGAGAGGAUGUGAUAUACUUGUCUUGGGAUAACAGACAGCAUAAGCGGGUUUACAAAAUUGUUUACCAGCCGGAGGUGCGAAAUAGCGAGCUUUACAAAACAUUUUUCUAACUCGGAAUGACUUUGGUUUUGCUUUACCUCUCUCUGUGAUUAGUCUGAAAAAUUUUGCGCAACCCUAUUAACCUUUUUAAAAACAAAGACAAACAAAAAGAAGCCACGACUGGGUUCUUGAGUUCUCAUCGCGAAGGUUUUCUUUCGUCCUGUCCGGUAGUUGUGAUUCCAUAGCUUUUGGUCCUGAGACACUCUCUUGCAAUUUGCAGUCGUCUUAAAGUACAGUUAAAGAUAGAUAAAACGACCUUAAAUAACUAACAAGAAGAUGGUAUAUCUGCCAUUAAUUGUCAUUGUCUCUUUAACGCUGAAAUAUCUGCCUUGACUAUCCCAGUUAUAUGAUUGGUAUGAUGACAAGCAGUUACGACAUAGCAGCCAUGAUCAUAACCCCUCUGAUCAGCUACAUCGGGGGCUCAAGGAAGAAGCCGCUGUUCUGUGCCUGGGGUUUGUUUACUAUGGGGGUUGGAUUCUUUAUCUUCAUGUUGCCUCAUUUUGUUUCACCUCCAUACCAAGCCACAGGUAGGUGAAUAAGACUGACAUUCACGCAGUUUGCAACCAAGAAUUGAACUUUACUCCGUAGUUGCCCUUUCCCUUCUUUUUCAAUACCUUGUUGCUUCUUUGCGCUUUUCCUAUUGUGCAAGACGUCUCUUGAUAUGUUACCUGCCUUUUUUGCGGCCUCCUCUUCUCCCUUUUUAUCUGAGGCGCUGUGCAGAACCUGUGCACCCCAUCCCUGCCGAAAAACGAUUACACAAUUAUGAGACCCAUUUGUCUCCACGACUUCGGAAAAAACUCGGCCAGAUUGUAUCUUUCUCCUUAAUUUGACUUGGAUUUUUCUUCUUUUUCUGUAUCAGCCAUUAUUACAAAUUUUAACACGAGUAUUACUGACUUAAGCGUCACUGACACCGGACUUUGCUGGGCAAAUCGCACCGAUCAACUUGGAAAAAACCAAUGUAAAGAAGAAACCAAAGGCGGAAACACUCUCUACUAUGCGUUGUUCGUGCUGGGAAUGGUUGUUGCUGGAGCAGGUUGUACUCCAAUGUAUGCGUUGGGAAUCCCAUAUAUGGAUGAAAAUGUCAAAGAUAAGGUGACGUCAAUGUACGUUGGCAUAUUUGUGGCAAGUGGGAUUCUUGGUAAGUUACCAUCAUACUGGUAACUGAUGAUACAUCAUUCUUACAGAGGCGGAACUGAAAUAAAUCAUUUUAGCAUAAUUGGUUAUUCUUUUUUUUCUCAGGCGCUGCUGUCGGAUUUGUAUUGAUCUCCAGGUUUCUUGUGAUGUUCGUUGAACCUGGUGUUCAGACCUCGCUGACCAUACAGGAUAAACGUUGGGUGGGGAACUGGUGGAUAGGCUUUGCCAUAUUUGGUGCGAUCUGCGUAUUCUGGAGCAUUUGGUUACUAGGAUUCCCAAAGGAGUUUCCUCUGACAAACAAACGACGAGAAUUAGAAGUAUCUGCCACAAACACUGCGAUCAGCACGGUAGGUGAAUUUUAAAGAUCUUUCCACUGGUGGUGAUGCUGAAGUGAGAAGUCACGCUCGAACAAUGGCGCACUCCGCCCGUUCUCUGCGUUGUGGAGAGUUCUGAUACCCCUCUCCCCCUCACCCUCCCCCACCCCCCGUCCGCCUAACGGUCUCCGUAUGUGGAGGCUGCUUUGCAUAGAUGAUAUUGAUAUUUAUGAUUGUUUAACGCACAAAAUAAAUGCACCAAAACUUGACGCAAUUCCAGUGCAAAGAGAAAACGCACUUGUAGGGAAUUGUACCCCUUUUUACAACUGGUUAUCGAAGCAUCAGUCAUAGCCCCCGAUAAAUUUUUUUUCUCCUUGAUUAUCUAUACUCGCGCCAACAUUUUCUACAACAAUUCAACCCAAUUCAUCAAUUUUCCUUCGGUUGAGAAUCUGAUAUUUUUUGUUUCCUCUCAGACCAACAAAGAAGAUAGAGACAGUAAUCAUGAAUCUAUUCCAAAAGAUGAUAUUGGAUUCUCCAGACUGAAAGAUCUUCCUAAAGCUACAAAACUGGUAUUUUCUAGUCUCCCGUUCCUUUUCGUAACUGUGGGGGCAUGCCUGGAAAAUUUCCUUGUUGCAGUUAUCGGAGCGUUUCUACCAAAAGUGAUUCAAACACAGUUUUAUCAACCCCCAGCGAGAGCAGCUCUGCUCUAUGGCUUGGUAGCAGUACCAUCUGCAUUUUGUGGAAACAUGUUGGGUAAGUCAAAAGCUGAUUCUAUCACAUGUUACUGAUAUGGAAAGGGGGGGGAGGGGAUCAGAUGCUGUAAAUCGAGUCCCUGAUGCUCCGCCUCUUUGCAAAUCCUGCAAGGUGUCUAGAUGACGGUCUACACUAUCGUGCUUUGACAUGCGCCCCUGACCGUUUAAUAUGCGAUCUCCUUACUUUUUUUUAACUUUUACAGGAUAAAUUUACUGCAUUUUUAGGUUUGGUAGCUUUGAAUUAAGAUUCAGAAAGCUUACAACCAACUUUCCUCUUGUUGCAGGAGCUUACAUCAACAAACGUCUGAAACUUAACCUGACUGAUUCCGCCAGAAUGUGUUUUAUUGUCGCUUUGUUGGGACUCGUUAGUUCCAGUGCAAUCGUCCUCAAAUGUGACACACCAAGUAUAGCGGGUGUUAAUGCCCCAUAUCCCAACAGGUGAAAACAACAACAACAAAAAUAACACAGGGCUCCUGUAUCCUUUCUAUGAGUUUCCGCAUGUCUUAACUGCGGGCAUGCUUCAUCCGAUCAUGAUGCGCGAAUCAAAUUUUGAACUCACAAUCAGCGACAUUAGCUUUGAAGUCGCAAUAUUCUUACAAAAGCAAACCAAUUUUCUCCUUAAUGUCAUUCUUCUAACCCCUCUCCCCCCGGGGGCCCUAUACCAUGUUACACUUUGUUUUCUGAGAUUGUGCAACUAUCGGUAGGGGAAAAGGAGUACGGUAACGAGCUGCACUAAUUUCUAAUUUCUUAAAAGUGGCCACAUGGGUGUUCUGUGUCAACUUAUGUUGUCGCCAUGUUGGUUAUAUUCCUCUCAAAAACCGUGCUUCUUAAUACCAUAAAACAUCACAUUUCAUACGCACACCAAGUCGCAUCAUAUUGGUUACUUCUUGGAAGAAAUGAAUGUUCAUAAUGGGCGGUAAAUAUCAUUUUUGAUCAUACUCUUGAUCCUUAGUAGUUCCGAUCCUCAUCAGCUCUCAGCGCCAUGUAACCAAGCCUGUAACUGCAGUCAAGUGGCUUAUACUCCAGUUUGCGAUGGACUGCUGAACUAUUUUUCACCGUGUCACGCGGGCUGCCAUAGAAUGAAUACAACAGAAAAGGUACGAUAUACAAUGUACCAUGCAGUCAAAGACAAGUUUUUACAAACAUUUUGCUUACAUUACGUAUAGAAGAACGCUUUUCAUCACAUGAAAGAAGCACCACUGAAUGCAGAUUUAAAUGAAGAGGUCUGUUUCUUAUGUCAUGCAGUAAUCUUCAUUACUGACUGCCGCGUUCUUUCCUUCCCGGCUAGAUCAAUCCUUUUAUGAGGAGAAUUCCGUUGUUUAUCAAAACUGUCCGGGCAAAUCAGUUUAUUCCCAUGUGGUUUUGUUCAUUUUGAUAUUGUUUCAAUAAAAAUUAAAGUGAAACUCUCAAUGAGAAAUGGCCUACUUUUUGUGAAAUGCAUGCUCUCACUAAGUAAUUUUGAUUUACGAUCAAUUCCCUUAAUAGUGUAAUUUUGCUGUUUGUUCUUGUUAAAGGGUUCUACUUCUUACUCCAACUGCGCUUGCGCUGCAAAAUCUGGCGAGAGCGCUGGACAAAUGAAGAAAGGCAACUGCUAUAUCGAUUGCGGGCUCAAGUUUCUACUGUUCAUGGCUGCCGUAGUUUUAACCCCUUUAUUUACGCUUAUGAGCAAUACUCCAGCGUUGGUAGUCACCUUGAGGUACGCAAGCAACCUUCCGAAGUACUACUUGGAUUUGCAUGCGAUUUCAAAGGACGUUACUGAUUGUAUGUUAUAGGGGAACAUUGACAAAGAGUUAGCAAAAGGCGUCCUUGGUAGAUCUUACCGCCUAUGGAGUCAGAAUUCAAUUACCACAGGCAGCAUAUUUCGAAGAAAAGAUGUUAGAUUCAUUUGUGACGAGAGUGUAACAUAUGUAUUUGAGUUUGUAAUGAGUACUCAACCCCGAGAGCUUUCGCUCGAGGGUCAGAUUUUCUAAUCAAGGCGCAUCAGGGAACUGUUCAUGCAAGUUGGGUCAUCUGUGUACUGUGUGCUUGUAUCUAAAACGCUCAGUGUAUACCGCUAUCUGAUGGUUUUUUAAGCCCACAGUGGGUGUCUAGUGCAGUAGAAAGGAAAGGAAGAUGUUAAAUUCCGAUUCCUUUGGUCCAACGAAGAAAAUCAUUUUCAUUUCAGGAGUGUACCACCUGGUCAGCAGUCAUACGCGUUAGGACUCCAGAUGGACCUUGUGAGGAUCCUUGGGGCCAUACCGGGGCCAAUAAUAUUUGGGGCCCUCUUGGACAAGACAUGCAUACUCUGGAGCUCAAGGUACUCUAAUGUUAUGUCCCAUUGUAUAUAAUCGAUCGCGGGGCAAAUAUUUAUUUUGAUGUUUAGCACUAGUUAUCAGGGCCAUUGUUUAGGGGUGACUAGUGUUAACUCGUUUUCGUCUGAUACUAUUCAGUGGUAACCGGUCGUUUCGCCUGCGAGUCGUUUCGCUAAAGCAAUAAACCAAAGUGCACCUAAAAAGUGCCGGAACUAAGUGAAUCUUACGCAAAUUAUGCAAAUGCGAAUGCAGAAGAGACGUCAGUGAAAUAACUUAGAAGGCUAAAACGUUAGCGAAAUAUAUGAUCAAUGAGACUUUAGCGCACUGACCUGAGACGUAAGCGAAACGACGUCAGGCGUUGGCGAACUGGUAUAGCACCUUCGCCGUUCCUCAACCUAUUCUCUAAAAGUGUUACGCUAUUGUUCUUGAACCCAAAAAUUCCUUUACAUUUUUCUGUAUGGAAAAUUUCUUUUCUAGUUUUAGCUUAAGGGUCCAGCCACUUUCAGAAAACGAUCAAGAAGUAAUGGGAGGUACCGGAUACUUCUCGGUACCUCCUGUAAACGUGACACCAACUCCGACGAUUUGUGGUCGUCGAUUACCUAGAUGUGGUUUAAAAAAUUGCAUGUAUCAUUAUUUUUUCUGUUAUUCCUAAAGGUGCGGUGACCAGGGGUUUUGCCAAGAGUACGACCAUGAUGGGCUUGCACGAGUUCUGGUCGCAGUAAUGGCUGUCUGCAAAUUUAUCGCCACCACAAGCUUUUUUCUGUGUUGGUUCUUUUGUCGACAAGGAAAAAGCACGGACAAAAAUACUACGAAGGAGAAUGACGGAGAAAGUUUUGUUUGGCCCGAAACAUCUAUGUAAGGACUUUAUUUUGCUUUCGAGCAGCCUCGAAACUCAGGUGGAUCAUGCACCUCAUCUGUACAUGAUCACAUGCAUUUGAAACUAAAAUUACAUUGGUAGCCUUUUUGAGGAGCUGACCAGUAAAAAGACAUUAAAGCUUGGAUUUCACAUUUUUUUUCUUCUUAUUCAAUCAAGUCAGCUUCUUUCUUCAUUAAAAUGAUCCUAAUAAACCAUAUGCGACUGAUCCGCCAUAUUUACUGAUAUCAUAUUUGUAUUUUUCUUUGGUUCUUUUUGUUUUCAAUUCAGUUUUCAACCUUAGGCUAUUCUAUCUGCGUUUCAAAUCGUCGUCGUUCCUUUUUACUUUGUCAGUGUUUUAUUUGAUUCGAUAGUUUCACAUAAUCACUGUAUCCCGUCUGUAUAGCAAAAUGAGGGGCGUGGUUGGCAGAGAUUCCUUAAACAAAUAGUCCGACUUCUCUUCUGAGAAGAGUUUGGAAGUAAGAAUAAUUUUUUGUAGAGUAGGAAUAAAGGAGAUCUGAGAGAAGUGAAUUUUACGAGGUAGUUCUAAACCUGUUGAAAAUAGACCCUGUUGGACCAUUGGGAAAUUUUCCACCGCUGUCAUAUGAUUCUGACCACUGAUAAACGAAAAACGCUUUACUGUACUUGUCACUUCAUGGAGAAUCCGUUGAGUUACAACAGAAAAGAUGAACACUUACUAUCAAAAGCCACUAGUGUGCUCAUACUCGUCUUUGACGACACAACUGAGCAACGGAAAAUGUUUUUCUUUAGAUGUACGAAUCAUGAAACCUUACCUGAUUUGUUUUCAAUAUUUGAAGUUUACUUUCACUUAUGUCUUAGACCAUUGUUAAUGAAAAGUAGUUUAUUAUUUAGGGGCGACGCAACUUUUUGUCGAAUUAGAGACACCCCGCUAUAAAAACCGCAUUACUCACAUGUAGAACGUGGAAAAAUAAACAUG